CGAAUCUUGGUUAAAAGCUUCCCAAUACAAACACAAAGUCAAUUCGUUGAUUGAUAUUAGAAUAGUUCAAGUUUCAUGUAGGUAUCCUAUCACAGGUGUAUCUGCUCUAGUGAUUUUGUACCAGAUAUAACUUGACUAUCGUAAGUAAUCUUUAUUGUUCAUUGGUGUAGGGUUUUCCACUCAUCUGCGUACGUUUGUUCAUACAUGACUAUAAAAAUAUGAUUCGGUUAUUCGUCUGUUGCUCUUUAUUCGUUGCGUAUGUCAUUCUAUCAGUUGAUUUAAAAAAAUAACUAUUUUAAAAUAUAUUUUUCAUUCCGGUUUUGCAAAAUUUUUUGGAACUAUCGUGAGACGUCGUGUUUGAAUUUUUUUUAAUAAUAGAAAUACCUGCAAUUUUGAGUUCGGAGUGUCGUAAAAAUAGAAUUAUAAUUGUUUCCAACAAUGAUGUCGAAAGUAUUUUCUGGUAGUUUAUUGCGGUUUGGAUUCGGUGUUGUAAGAAGAAAACCGACGAAUGGUGUUUUCUCGAAGAUGUAUCAUUCAAGAAAAGCAAAACCAGCAUAUGAAGGGGUUCCCGCAUCGUUGUACAAUAUGUUAACUAUAGUAGAGAAUUACAAAAAAGGAACGGAUAUACUUAGGGAUUAUCAAAAAGAGUUUUUUGAAGAUCAUUUGGAAAUCAAGGAAGAUGUAUUAUCUGAGGAUGAACACGAAUUAAAUAGUAUACGUGUGCUCGCAGUAGAAACCAUGGAAGAUACCUUAAGAACAGAAGGAAAGCCUAACCUCAGGAAGUUUCUUGCUGAUAAUCCAGAAAGUCUUAGUGAAUCCGAUAAAUCCAAACUCCUAAAUAUUUUAGAUUACAGAGACAAGAUGAUUGCGGAUUUUAAAAUGAAUAUUGUAUCGAUGUCCACGGAAUUCGGAUUCGACGGAUCAGAUAAGCUGCUCGCACUAUCAAUAGUAGAAGAUAUGCUCAGAACGAAAGGAAUUCCUAACCUGAGGACGUUUCUGGCUGGUAAUCCAAAAAGUCUUAGUAAAUCCGAUAAAUCCAAAUUACUAAAGAUGGUUGAUCAUAGAGACCAGCUGAUUGUGGUUUAUAAAAAUCUUAGUAAAUAUUUUGGUAAAAAAGAUGGAUUAGUUUUGUGAUCGAAUUUCUUAAUUUAUUUAAAUAGGUAUUGUUGAAAUGGUGUGUUGUGAAACCAUAUGUUAGAUUUUAAUAUUUUUUAAUCGCGUAUAUUUUUGUAUUAGUCGUAACAUUGUGAUAAGUAUUUAAGCUUUUUUAAAAAAAAAUCGUGUAUGAAAUAAUUGAAAUGUUUAGUAAAAAUAUAAAUAAUGCAUUUUUGUA